UUAGGUGAGGUUUGAUUUGGGAUUGUUUUGCAUGUUAGGUGUAAUACCAUAAGGCCAUUAUUUUAGGUAUAGCUUUGUAAAUGGCCAAUUGUAGCAUUUUGCUCUCUUUUCUAAGUAUUGCUCCCUUUACUAAGUAUUGCUCUCUUUUCUUUGUUGCAGGACCGUAGCUACCAUGGAUGAUCAUCGUGAUAAUGAAAUACAGGGAAUUGAUGGAGCUAGUCAUCCUACGGGGGAAUCACAAGGUACCAACACUAGUAAAAAGACCAAAUUCCGUGGUCCGUCAAAAAGAGUUCAAGCCAAAAAGCCUAUGCAUCUUCAGUAUAAUCAAUAUGGAAUCCCCGAUGGAGAAUGGUCAGGAGAAUACGGGAAGCAAGUUGGGUCUUGUGCUGCUAGAAUUAACAUUAAUGUGAAAGAAUAUUCAACGUUAGAUGAACACACAAAGAAGGGGUUUUGGGAGGAGACCAAGCUUCUGUUCCACAUUAUUGAUGAUCCGGCUAAAAGGAGAGAAAAAUAUUUUCAUAUGUGUGUGGCGAAACGCUUUGGAGCUUUCAAGUCCAGGUUAACGCGGCGUUGGAUAACUAAGAAAGAAAAAAUGCCGAAACAUCAGACAAAUGACAUGCCUUGGGACAUCUACCAUCAAAUCACAGAGGAUGAUUGGAAAACAUUUGUGAUGGAAAGAAACAAGCCGGAGAUGUUGGUUCGUAGAGAAAAAGAAAGUAAAAGUGCAUUACAAAACAAGCACCCACAUCGCACAGGCCAAAAGGGUUAUGUUAGAAAGAGACCAGAGUGGAUAAAUGAUGGGCGACUACCGCCAGAGGCAGCUUUAACCCUCUCAAGUGGCUCCUCCUCAGUGACCUCAUCACUCACCACAGCGCCAGAUAGAUUUAAGAAGUUUAGAUCAGUAGAGUGGAUCUUGGCUCAUCAAGUUAAAAACAAAGAGGGAAAGUGGGAAGUUGACCCGAAUGAUAAAGAAGCCGUAAAUAUUGCUAAGAUGGCUUUGGAGUACAUAGAAGAAGAGGGAAAAGGAAAUAUUUCAUUCACCCAGGGAGAAGAUGCCCUCACCAAGGCUAUGGGAAAAAAGGAUCACCGUGGGCGUGUCAAGGCAACAGGUGGAGUUAAUGUCGGUUACAAAGUUUCUUUCGGUCCAAUAGACCGAAGUAGUAGAUGUGGCCAUAUUGAACCAUCACCGGAGGCUAUCGAAUCAAUCAGAGCUUCGGUGAGAAGGGAGUUUGAAGAUCAAUUAGAGAGAAAGGUGGCGGAGGCCCUCCAAAACCAACUAGCCACAUUGAAAGCAACCGGUCAACUACACACCCUCUCUACCCCCGCACUUGAUUCUGCUCUUGUAAGUGAUGAGUUUGAUGUUAACCGUGCACUCGUAACCUGUUGUCCGAGUUCAUCGCAGCAACCACGCGAGCUGAAGGCCAUAACUCCAUGUCGUCUUGCCCUUGAGGAUAAAGUUUUGGGUAACAAAGUGAUAGUGGCAGAUGGUAUGGCGUACCCAUUGGAUGGUUCGUUGCACCAACACUUUAGAUCGAUGAAGCCUAGUCAUUAUAAGGUCCAAGUUGAUUGUAUUUACGACGGACAUGAUGAUGACACUCUUCCGGUACCUACUGGAGAUGGAUUCAAUAACUUAGGCAGGGCUCUUGCUAGUUUUGUGCAAUGGCCAAUUCACUUGGUGAUUUUCGAAGAAGACGAGGAGUACUCUACUCCACGCCCAACAAAGAAGUCCAGGAGUCAGAUUUUUGAAGAGGUGGUUGGUAGCUCCAAAGAGAAGAAAAACGAAUUAAUUGUCAAAGAGAAGACAAUAGAAUUAGUUGUCAAAGAUAAGACAACAUAAUUAAUUGUCAAAGAGAAGGCAACACUUGAUUUAGGGUCCAAAGAGAAGACAACACUGAAGUUAACGGCCAAGGAAAAUUCAUGCUCAAAUAAGUUGGAGUCGAAAUCGAAGUCGAAGAACUCUAAGACGGCCAAAGAGAUGGUAGGUAGUUGUGAUCGUAAAACUGAAGAAUCAGCCGCCAAAAGUAAGAAGCAAAAUUUGGCAGACGACACAAUUCAAGGUCUUGGCCCAUCAUGCAAUUAUUUGAAGUUUAUCAUCAAUACGGCGCCCGGUGAUGUAUAUAAAAAUACUUCAAUCCCAUUGCCCGCUUCGGUUUGGCAUUAUGACGAAGAUCGACAAACUUAUGUAAAUGAGGUUGACGUUGAAGAGUUCCUUAGAGGGGCGUGCCUCAACAUUUCAGUGAUCCAAGUCUAUAUGAUGUGUUUAUUCCACGAACACA